UCCGUGCGCAACCCACGGCCCGGCCCCGCCCCACCGGCCCCGCGCUGCGCAACCCACCGCUGCCCGCCCGCCGCGAGCCGCGAGCUGCAGACAUCAGCUGCUCGUGGCUGGCCCCGCGGGCUUGCAGCCUUUCCUGCCACCUGGGCUGUGCCCGGACACAGACCCGGCUCGGGGGACCAGGCGAGAGAGCUGCAAAUGGAAAACUUCUUCCGAGAGGGCACCCGGGUGUGGCUACGGGAGCAAGAUCAGCUGCAGCCGUGCACUGUUGGCUCAUGCAAUGAUGGGUUUGUGCUCUUCAAAACAGAUUAUGGAGAGGUAUUCUGCUACCCACAGGCUUCCUUAUCCAGGGAGAAAGUCUUGCCAAUGCAUCAGACUAGUGUGGAAGGUGUGGAAGACAUGUCCAUGCUGGGAGACCUGCAUGAGGCUGCUAUCCUGCUCAACCUGCAUCAGCGCUACCAACAGGACCACAUAUAUACGAACAUUGGUUCCAUCUUGGCAUCAGUAAAUCCGUACAAACCCAUCUCUGGUCUGUACAGUGCGGCCGCCAUGGACCUGUACAGACGGCAUCACCUGGGUGAGCUGCCGCCCCAUAUCUUUGCCACUGCUAAUGAGUGUUAUUGCUGCUUGUGGAAGCGUCACGACAACCAGUGUGUUCUGAUCAGUGGAGAAAGUGGAGCUGGAAAGACUGAGAGCACCAAGUUGUUGCUCAGAUUCCUGUCAGCUAUGAGCCAGAGCUCUCUAGGGAGCCCUGCAUCUGAGAAGAGCACUCAUGUGGAGGAAGCCAUUCUGGAGAGCAGCCCUAUCCUGGAGGCCUUCGGAAAUGCCAAGACGGUUUAUAACAACAACUCCAGCCGCUUUGGCAAGUUCAUCCAGCUGCACUUCUCCCAUCAUGGACAUAUCCAGGGAGGGCGAGUCACCGAUUAUUUAUUGGAGAAGAAUCGAGUUGUGCACCAGAACCUGGGAGAACGGAAUUACCACAUCUUUUAUGCAUUGCUAGCUGGUGUCAGUGGGGAGCAGAAAGAAGCCCUGUCUCUAUCUGAACCGGAGAGCUAUCACUACCUGAACCAGUCCGGCUGUGUGAGUGAUGAGAACCUGAAUGACCUAGAGAUGUUCAACAAGGUCAUGACUGCUCUGAAAGUGAUGGAGUUUAGCAUUGAAGAGAUACAGGACAUCUUCAAACUUCUCUCUGGCACCCUUCAGCUGGGAAACAUGGAGUUCAUGACGGCUGGAGGAGCCCAGGUUACAACCAAAGCAGUACUGAACAAUGCCAGUGACCUGCUGGGCUUAGAUGCCUUCCAGCUGUCUGAGGUGCUGACUCAGAGAUCCAUGAUUCUACGGGGAGAAGAGAUCAGUUCCCCGCUCACUGUGGAGCAGGCAGUUGACUCUAGGGACUCUCUCUCAAUGGCACUGUAUUCCCAGUGCUUCUCAUGGCUCAUUGGCAAGAUUAAUAUGAAGAUCAAAGGGAAGGAAAACUUUAAGUCUGUGGGCAUCCUGGAUAUCUUUGGCUUCGAGAACUUUCAGAUUAAUAGUUUUGAACAGUUUAACAUUAACUAUGCCAAUGAGAAACUCCAAGAAUACUUCAACAAACACAUCUUCUCCCUGGAGCAGCUAGAGUACAACAGGGAGGGAAUAAGCUGGGAAGCCAUUGACUGGAUGGACAAUGCAGAGUGCUUAGAUCUCAUUGAGAAGAAACUAGGUUUGCUGGCACUGGUCAAUGAGGAGAGUCGAUUUCCCAAGGGCACUGACAGCACCCUCUUGGAAAAACUGCACAACCAGCAUGCGAGUAACCAUUACUAUGUGAAGCCGCGGGUGACAGAUCACCAGUUUGGGAUCAGGCAUUAUGCUGGAGAGGUAUUGUAUGAUGUGAGAGGGUUUCUGGAGAAGAACAGAGACACCUUUCGGGAUGACAUUUUAAAUAUGCUGAAGGAUAGCAGGCUGGACUUCAUCUAUGACCUCUUUGAAAGAGUCUCCAGCCGGAGCAGUGAGGAAACUCUGAAGAUGGGAACCCAGAGGCGCAGGCCGACCGUCAGCUCCCAGUUCAGGGACUCUCUCCAUUCCCUGAUGGCCACACUCAGCACUUCCAAUCCAUUCUUCAUUCGCUGCAUCAAACCAAACACGGAAAAGGCACCAAACCUCUUUAACACAGAUGUAGUUCUAAACCAGCUCCGCUACUCUGGGAUGCUGGAGACAGUGAAAAUUCGAAGAGCAGGCUUCCCCAUACGGCGUCUCUUCCCGGAUUUCCUCAGCAGGUACAAGAUGCUCAUGAAGAAUCUGAGUGUCCCAGACAACACCAAGGCUGUGUGUGCAUGUUUCCUACAGACAUGUGACAGCACCAGGAAAGAGUGGCAGCUGGGUAAAAACAAGGUUUUCCUGAAGGAAGCUCUUGAACAGAACCUGGAGAAGGAUCGGGAAGAGGAGUUGAGGAAAGCGGCUAUAGUCAUCCAAGCCCACGUCUUGGGCUACAUGGCAAGGAAGAAGUACCGAAAAGCCCUAGUCAGUAUAGUGACAAUCCAGAAGAACUACCGAGCGCACUUCUGGAAGAAAGCCCUUCUGCGACUGAAGGCUUCGGCUGUUGUCCUGCAGAAGCAUUGGCGUGGCCAGCUGGCUCGCAGCCUCUAUCGGCACCUACUGCAGCAGGAACGGAGACAGAAACAGGAAGUGGAGGAGAGGAGAAGGCAAGAAGAGGAAGAGCAGAUCAGAAGGGAGGAAGAGGAAAGACAAUGGCAAGAAGAGGAGGAGCUUAGGAGGAAACAGGAGGAGGAAGAAGAGAAGAAAAGAGAAAAAGAGCAGCUGAAUGCUAUACUCCAGGUGGCUCAGGUGGAGGUGUUAAGGACCCAGGAGGAGGAGAUCCCACUGCAGGAAGAGGAGAGAAGGCAGAUGGAGGAAAUCCUAAGGCUGGAAAAGGAGAUUGAGAAGCUACAGCAGCAGCAGAAGGCAGAACACGUGUCCAUUGUCUGCGAAAACGCCAAGAAUGAAAUUAACCGGCAGCGAGAAGAGGCGAUCCAGAGGCUAGAGAAGGAAGCAUCCAGGGUCGCUCAAGAGUUCUUGGAACUACUGGAUUUUGGAAACCUGGAUGAAAGCGUGCAAAGCCUAGAACAUUCACUUUCCAAUGACGGAACCCUCAACAUCGACUGCAGCCUUGUGGCGCCUUUGGCUGAGGAAGAAGUAGAUGAAGGCUUUCAUGCUGAUGAUGAGGGGCUCUCUGUCCCCAGCCUGGUUGUUUUGGAUGAACACAGCACCAGAACCAGCGACAACUCCACUGAGGAAGACACAUAUAUGAAUCUACCAUUUCUGAGAAGGGGUGAGGUGGAGGUAGACAGCACUGCAGAUCAUCUUAUGGAAAGCCCCGAGGAGCACGGUGCCCCAUCUGACACCACAGAAAGUAUUUACAACACAGUCUCAGAAACCCUGAGGAGUAACAGUGGGGUGAUGGGAGAGCCAAUUUACAGCUUCCCAACAGAUGUGGAGUCUGACUAUGACCACGAGGAGUUUGAUGGUUUUGGAGAUACUGGCAGCAUCUUGGCUGAGCCCCUAAAUGAUGAGGAGAUCUUGAGGCGUUCCCAUGGUACUAGCAUGGACUCCAAUCGUGGCAGCCUAGACUCCUUUCUGGACAGUGAGGAGGAAGUGGAUGUUUAUAUAGACACAGACGAAGAAUUCUGCAAUGGCCGGGUCACAAUCUUCAAUGGCUCAGGACCACCCUAUUUUCACAGUUAUCUCUAUAUGAAGGGGGGUCUGAUGAACCCAUGGAGACGGCGAUGGUGUGUUCUCAAGAAUGAGGCCUUCAUGUGGUUCCGAACUAAGCAAGAGGCCUUGAAGUCAGGCUGGCUCUAUAAAAAAGGAGGCGGCAUGUCAACUCUGUCUCGCCGUAACUGGAAGCGCCGCUGGUUUGCUCUUCGAGAAUCUAAGUUGAUGUACUUUGAGAAUGACAGUGAGGAAAAACUGAAGGGGACAAUAGACAUCAGAAGGGCAAAGGAGAUUGUGGAUAUCCAUGAGAAGGAGAAUGCUCUGGAUAUUGUGACAGAGGACAGAAUUUACCACGUUGUGGCUGAGUCACCAGAAGAUGCCAGUGAUUGGUUUAAUGUCCUGAGCCGAGUGCACAGUGCCACAGCCCAACAGCUGAGGGAAAUGCAAGAUGAACAGGCAAAUCCGAAGAAUGCCGUGGGAACCCUGGAUGUGGGGCUCAUCGACUCUGUCUGUGCCUCAGACAAUCCUGACAGGCCAAAUUCCUUUGUGAUCAUCACAGCAAAUCGAGUGAUUCACUGUAACAGUGACACCCCAGAGGAGAUGCAUCACUGGAUCUCACUCCUACAGAAACCCAAAGGCGAAUCCAAGAUUGAUGGUCAGGAGUUUCUUGUGAGAGGCUGGCUUCAUAAGGAAGUUCAAAGCAGCAACAAGACAUCCUCUCUGAAGGUGAAGAAACGCUGGUUUGUGCUGACAAACAUCGCCCUUGAUUACUACAAAUCUUCAGAACGCACAGCCACCAAACUUGGCACGCUUGUUCUCAAUAGCCUCUGCUCUGUGGUCCAGGCUGAUGAAAGGGUCUUUAAAGAAACUGGCUACUGGAACAUCAUAGUCCAUGGUCGAAAGCACUCAUACAGACUCUACACCAAGCUACUGAAUGAAGCCAUGCGCUGGGCCUCUGCCAUCCAAGGAGUCAUUGAUAGCAAGGUUCCCAUAGAAACACCCACACAGCAGCUUAUUCGUGACAUCAGGGAAAACAGUAUGAACUUCGAAGUAGUGGAACAGACAUAUAGGAGGAACCCUAUCUUGAGAUACACCCAGCACCCUCUGCAUUCUCCAUUGCUGCCACUGCCUUAUGGAGAUGUCGGUAUCAAUAUGCAGCAAGAGAAGGGCUACUGCAGCCUGCAGGAUGAAGCCAUCAAGAUCUUUAACUCCCUGCAGGAGAUUGAGACAGUGUCUGAUCCCAUCCCCAUUAUCCAAGGCAUUCUGCAGACCUGCCAUGACCUAAAGCCCCUUCGUGAUGAAGUGUAUUGUCAACUAAUCAAACAAACUAACCACAUCCCACAGCCCAACAGUUCUGGAAACCUUCACCACUGGCAGCUGAUGUCCUGCAUGAGCUGCACUUUCCUUCCUAGUAGAGGGAUCCUCCGCUAUCUCAAGUUCCACCUUAGAAGAGUAAGAGACCUCUUCCCAAGCACGGAAAUAGACAGGUAUGCCCAGUUCAUCAGUGAUUCCCUGAAGAGAACCAAGACCAGGGAGUUUGUGCCCUCCCAGGAGGAAAUACUGGCUCUCAUCACUCGUGGAGAAAUGACCACAACUGUAUACUGCCAUGGCGGUGGCUCCUGUAAAAUCACCAUCAACUCCCACACCAGUGCAGGAGAGGUGGUUGAGAAGCUGAUUCGAGGGCUCGCCAUGGAGGACAGUCGUAAUAUGUUUGCCCUCUUUGAACGCAAUCAGCAUGUGGACAGGGCCAUUGAGAGUCGUGUAAUUGUUGCUGAUAUCCUUGCCAAGUUUGAGAGGUAA